GGUUUCUGCGUUUCGACUGUGAAAGAGGAAAGAUGAUGGAUAAACAUAUCCGUGUUACUGUAAAGGAUUUUGUGCCAUUGCUUCCUGACACAAAAUCCAAUCACUCCUACUGAUCAGUAAAUACACACAUAUCUAUAUUAUCUAUACCCAUAAAGACAUUCAUUUAACGAGCUUAUUAAUUCAAGUCAACCGUAAAAUCUCAAGAGAGGCCGCAGAGAGUUUUAAGUCAUCAAUAGUUAUCUCUAGCAAGUGUUCAAAUUCACACACACUAAAGAUACAUUUAUAUAUCAAGAUCUAAUUAUUCUUCUGUUCGUUAUUUAAUUGGUUCUUGUGCAAAAAUUCAUCAUAAAAGUAUCUUUUGCAUGUGAACAAUAAUUUUUUCAACUCACAAUAAUGGAUCAUCCAGAACCAAUAUCUAAACGUCCAAUGGAAAUACCACAAUGUCGUAAAGGUUUUACACUAGAAGAGGCAAGAAAUUUCGUUGAUCAAAUUAUGGAAGUAUUUCGAAGUUUAGAAGAUAUGUCAGAUCUACGAUCAAUGUAUGAAACGGGUAAACAACUGAGUCGAGCGUAUUUCGACUGUCAUUCAUGUCGAAUCGAAUUAGCUCAACAUUUAACCAAUUGUGAUUAUCCAGCAUUUGCAUCGAAAAUGAUGAAGAAAUUAAAUAAUAUGGGGGUGUUUAAAAAUGAUGAUAUUUGGUUCUCAUCAUUUUACUUUUAUAAUACAACAUGGAAUUUUUCUGAUAUCUGGCCGGAAUUCGCUACUGCUUUAGCUACUGCUGGUUUACCAAACUUACUCAAUUUAAAUAUUGGCCAUCAACCUUAUUUGGAGAAUUUAAGCAGUAAGAAUGUCUACUACCUUAUUAAAGCUAGUCUGUCCAUUAUUCACAAUAUAGCUCGUGUUCCUGGUAAUAUACAUUAUUUCGCCUCAGAAUCAGUUCGACAGGCAUUAUUACACUUAGCUCAACGUGAAGAAGAAUUUCUACGUUGUGUUUCUACACUUUGUUUAGCACAUAUUGUUAAUGAAUCCGAAAUUCAUUUGAUCACUGAUACAUCGACAGGUGGCAUAGAUUUGCUACGUAUAUUAUUUGGAUACGUUACUUCUGCCCGUGUUUCUGAGAAAAGAAGAUGUCAUGGAUUUCAAGUACUUGAACUGCUGUCUGCUGUGGCUGCUCUGUCGGUUCAUGAUCCUAUCAAAGCUAGUUUAUUAUCCUCAUCUGUUGGGGGAAAUUUAAUUUCAGCAGGGAAUAAUCAGAGUACAGAACAUGGAAUGACAUGUUUAAGCCUACUCAAGGAAUUAAUUGAAACUGCUUUACUUCCCAAUUCUAGUCCUGUUUCUAUUAGAGAGGCAGAGGAGGCAGUACGUAUUCUAUGGAAUACUGUUUUUGAUCCAUCUGUCUGUACAGGAGUAUUACAAACACAGUUGAACAACUGGUUAAGUGAAAUCAUGACAACUCAUGCUACAUCUUUACAGUCGUGUAAAGCCCUUUCGCGUGCAAUGGAAUCUGUUAGUUGGCAACUAAACAAUCCUAUUUCUAAAAGUUUGAAAAGCGAACCUAUGGAAUGUGGCCCAGUAUUACUGUGUUUUGCCCCAUCUAAUCGCAUUGCUGUUAACCGCAUAGCUGAUCGUUUAAGAGACGCUGGUAUACUGCUAAACAGUAUUCCUUUCUGUCCUGAAAUAAUAUCAUCUGCUGAUGCUUCGGCAACCGGACUCAGUAUGUGUGGUAGUAAUGCAGUAAAUGAUGCUCAAUGGAUGGAGUCUGUUGAACAAGCUUCGGUGAUGAUUGCAUUUAUGAGUGAUUCCUUCCGAUUAAGUCCUGGCUGUCGACUGGAAGUGGAGUAUUUUUCUAGUUUUGAUACUAAUACAUAUGCAAAACCUAUUAUCCCUGUUGUAUUACAACCGAAAUUCAAAUUAACUGGCUGGUUAUCUCGCCUCAUCGCCCAGCAUCCUAUUGAUUUCAAUGGCAAACGUGAUCUGGAAGCUAGCUAUGAUGCUUUGAUUAGCCAGGUAAAGGAGUGUUAUUCUGAAGCCAAGAGGCGUGCAGAAGCUGCAGCUGCACAUCAUCAUUCUACUACUGAUUGCAAAAGACACCUGGCAAUUGCUGGUGACACAGGGGUGCCUGGAAUACCAAACUCAGAUGUUACGGUGAAUCAUUUCAACGCAAAUCCUGUCGCCAGUAAUCGUGGUUCCCUUGGUUUUCCUCCAGGUACUAAACGUGAGGACGGAAUUCCUUUUUCCUGUCAUCCUGGACUAUCUACGAUUUCUACUCAAAAUAUGGUUCAUCUGCAGCCCAGUGUUAUAUCCCGACCUCUAGCCACCAGUGCUUGGCGUCAUGCCAUUCGCCCAUCGGUUCGUAAUUGGUCUACCUGUAAAGUUGCUUCUUGGUUGAAAUUCCGCGGGUUAGGUCAUGUACCUUCCCAAAUAGCUGGCGGUAUCGAUGGCGUUCUAUUAUCUCAGCUAGCUGGUUUACGUAUUUGGGCUCCAGAAUAUUUCACACAAUGUCUGCGGUCUGAAUUAGGUCUUGGUUUCGCUGAUUCUCUUCGAUUUUUGGAAGCAUUGGACGAGCUAGCUCCAGGAGACAGUGAUGGACAUGAAGUUGAAGAUGGAGACGACUGUGUAGAUGGUCGUACCCAUGUGGGAAAUUUCGAUGGUGCAGCAUCUAGAGCGUAGCAACUUUUGAUUUUGAUUACCAAGAUCAUUGUUUUAUGACAGCAUGUCCUGAUCUUGUGAUAUAUAUUACAUGGUACUAUUUGAUUAAAGCUGAUAACUGAACGUGCCAAUCGAAUUUGCAUUCAUUGUAUCUUUUCGAAUCAACUGCUUGCAUCAUUACAGACUACUGUUUCGGUGUAUUGAAACUGCUGACUGAUGGGUUUUUUCAUUUGAAAAACUGAGGUAUUAUUUACUAUUUGUUUUUAUUUAAUAAUAUUGUAAAACUAUUCAUGUUUGAUUUUUUUUUGGAGUAUAAUAUCUUAUAAACAAUAAUAUUGUCUAAAUUCAGUUUGUCUUGGUUAUGCUAUGUGGCAUGGUAGUUGUAAAAGACAACUGUUUAUGUGAUCACACUCAGUGAUGUAAUUCCUGUUGUUGUAAUUUUCUUUUUUGCAUUAAUAUAAUAUCACUUUUUUUCUGUUUUUGCUAAUUUCUUGAAUUUCUUUUUUCCAACCAGUCCUUUUAUCAUCACGGUUAUCACAUAUUCAUUUAUGAUGAAUUAUAAUCAUUCCUUAUAUUGAUGCAUAAAUCGUUACUUUUUUAUUCUGCUGUAUUCUAUUUCUUCUUUACAUUGUGAAAUGCUAUCUUCAUUCUCAUUUUCGUCCCAAUGGUUAUAUCUGAACUGAUACGAGGAUCUAUGUUGAUGAUUCCUCACUAAUAUUCAUUUGAGAGAAAUAUAUUCUCGAAACUAGUUUUUAUUUUGUUAGUGUUACAUUUUUCUUCAGUAUUCUGACUUGAAUGUGUGUUUCUUUUUUUAAGAAAAUGCUUUUAUUUGAUUUGGUGAAAAAACAAAACAACAAAAUAACACAGGUAAUUAUUUUUCACUCUAUCUGGAUCAGUUCUCCUAUCUCUAUUUUCGUUUGUUUUUUUCCUCUUUCUUUUUGUUAAUUAACUUCAUAUUCUACAUUUGUGCACGUCUUUAUGUUCAAUAUUACCGACUACUACGUUGUUAUGAGUGAGGAGUGUUCCUUGUCUGUUCAACUUUACCAUACUAUAUUCCUAAUGACUGACUGAUUGACUAACAAACAUACCUUAGUUGUAUUUACGUCUAUAGAGAAAAGAGAGUAAGCAAUAUUAUUUUAACUUAGAUACUGCAGUCUUCUAGUAAUAGCAUUAGUAGUAUUACCCUACCUCUACUCUACCGCAACUGUAUGAAGCAUUACUUACAAUCAUAAUCACGAUGACGCAAUAAGAGAAAAGCAUUUUUUUAUUAUUGUUGACAAAAGAAAAAAGAAUUAUUAUUACUGAGUAGUAGCAGUAGUUGUUGUAGUGUAGUAUAAUAUGUACAUCCUACGUCGUAUUUCAUCCGUUUAUUGAUCAGCUUUAAGUUUUUUUUCCUUCUCACAGUCCACUUUCCUCUUUUUAUUCUUAUCUGAUAAAAUUAGCUGUAUAAUAAUGGACAAAGUUACAGCAUGACUUUACAUUUUAUUUAAGAAUAAAUGUGAUGAUGAGGGGAACAACAUUAUUCUAAAUGUCUUCUUUUGUGUUAAUAUUGUUUACGUAUAUAUGUUUAUUUAUUUUAUUUUAUUUUUGGUGCUUUCUCAGUUAAACAGUAAAUUAGUUGUCGGAUAAACAAAUUCAGUAUAUACACACUUAAAAUAAUCACAGUGUGACGUAAUAACAUUUAUACUACCUAUACUUCUGUACUACUUUUAAACGGGAACUAGAUGAAUAAACUCUGUUGUU